AUGAUGAUGGCGCAAUCGAGCCUAUCUUCUACGGAGCCGCCGCCCUCGUCGGCCCAUUCGUCCGCCGGCUUCCUGCGCAAACUCUUCGGACGAAACAAUGCGGCCCCGGCACCCGUCGGCCCGUUCCAGCCUAGGGAGCCCGAGCCCGAGCCCGAGCCCGAGCCCGACUCCGACGACCCGCAAAGUACUGACCUCACGCGCCGGGCCUCUAGAAAAGUCGUGCCCGGGCUUCCUCGCGUGCAAACCUUCAAACGCCAACAGUCAGAGCGUAGGAACAACCUCUCACCAGUCGAGUCCUCACCGGCAGAGAGGCGUGCUUUGUCGGUGGACAGACGCGUGCAGUCGUCACGUACAGCGUCACAGGCGCAGUCCUUUCCCCGAGCUAGUGCCCCCGACUUCUUCGAAAAUGCCUAUGGGGUUCAGUCUGCCGCUUCUUCUCCGGCUGGCCCUGCCGACGAAAAGGCCGAAGCCAGCUUGAAUCAAAUGGUAGCACAAAUAUCAGAACCCACUGUCAACGAAUCCCAUGUGCACGAAGUGCAGUCCAAUUCCGAUGCCCACUCAGUUACGACGUCCCAAUCGCACUACGAGGCGAUGAUUCACGAUGAACUCGAAACCACUUGGGUUCUCAAUCUCAGCAUGCAUUUCCGGGAUAAAUCCAAGAGAGAAAAGUUCUUUGUGACGUAUCGAGAAACACCCAUUCUCUGGCGUCGGGUAACUGUUUCUCUCGAUUAUCGCAAUGCCCCGGACAACUCUCUUGAGCUGGACUUGCUGCAUACCAAGUCUCAACGCGACAAGAGCUCAAAGAUAUACGAAGCUAUCAGAGACAGCCUGCAAGACAUCCAGUUCUAUCAAUCCGUCACCAAUCUGAAGCUACAGACCACUGACGGCCGACUGCAUGUUCAUGUAGUUGAAGACGUAAAUGAAAUCAUUCAGUACCCUACCGUUCGUCAGGUGCAACACCUGGGCUGUCGAAGGAUAAGAGAACGGGACAUUCAUUUUGAUUCCCACAUGUCUGGGUUUGUUUACAAGGUCAGAGUCAGCGGCGAGGUACUCAUCAAAAAAGAAAUACCAGGCCCCGACACUAUCGACGAAUUUCUCUAUGAGAUUAAUGCCUUGAACCGGCUUCGGUAUUCGAGGAACAUUAUUCGAUUUUAUGGCGUCGUUGUUGAUGAUGACGACGAAUAUGUCAAGGGACUGCUCAUCAGCUACGCCGCCCAGGGUGCUCUCAUCGACAUCAUCUAUGACAAUCGACAGGACUCCGACUUGGGUCUGCCGUGGCCGGUUAGAGAGAAGUGGGCGCGUCAAAUCGUGCAGGGACUCGCGGACAUUCACGAGUCUGGCUUUGUUCAAGGCGAUUUCACCCUUUCAAACAUCGUAAUCGACAACGAAGACGACGCCAAAAUCAUUGACAUCAACAGACGAGGCUGCCCGGUGGGUUGGGAGCCUCCCGAAGCAACACCUCUUAUUGAGAGCAACCAGCGCAUCUCCAUGUACAUUGGUGUCAAGUCCGAUCUCUAUCAACUCGGCAUGGUAUUGUGGGCACUGGCGGCACAGGACGACGAACCUGAAGCUCAGGGACGGCCCUUGCAGCUCGGAGAGGAGCACAUCGUGCCAGCCUGGUACCGAGAGAUGGUAGACAUCUGCCUAAGCGAUGACCCCCGAUUGCGGCUGCAGGCCUCCUCACUCUUGGUCUUAUUCCCCGAGUCCACAACUGGGGAGGAUGCUCCCCCGUCCAUCUCCGUGGAUGACGGUUACACCAUGCAAGAGUACUUCGUAAAUGGCUACCAGGAUAAUGGCUACGCGAGGGUCAAGGCUGUCCAGCCGGCUCAUGAUUGGUCGUACGUCAACCUGGGCAAUAUUCACGCUGAUCCGACGAGAGGCUUUUCGGAAGACCCCUACUACUACACGAGAGGACGAUCUCCUCCAAGCCCUCUACCGAGUCAGUAUGGACGCUGCGAGUCACCUCACAGGGGCCACAACAUCUCGAGCUGGGCGGAGGCCAGGAACAUUGCACCGUCAUAUAGUGACGUCGGAGGAGACGAGAUGGAUGAUCGCAAAAGCGCAACACCGACAACCAGCAAAGAUUCCAUCGCAACGCCUGAAGCGGUAGAGGAAACAGGCCAGUCGGUGCAACAGAGGCUGGAAGAGCUGCAAUGGACACCCGUUUCCAAUGGAUUAGCUGUGCUGGAUCGGGCCGAACUUGAUCGGACGUUCAGACAAGACGACAAGAGACUCGUCGAAGAGGAGCUCGCAAGAGUGGUCUCCGGGAAUAAUUCGACUGAGGCGCACGCUUCUCUUGGUCCCGUCACGUCGCGGCCAACCAUGCCAAGGUCUCUGACAGUCAAAGAUAUCAAUGUAGCUGAGGAAGUUUUGGGAGACAAGGUGGAGAUGGGGGAAGUCGAGAGUAAGUCGGAAACGGAGCCAAACAGAAAAGAAACAGCAGGGCAAUCAGAGCCUAUACCAAUGGGGGACACAGUACCUGAAAAGCAACUGAACAGUAACGGCACCAUUUCGGGCGAGUCGACGGACGUUGCGGCUGCAACACCGCACAGGGGGCAUGAGAAUCUGAAUGCGGAGUCGUCAACCAAAGAUUAUACUGCGGCCGACCCGGGCCUCACCGAGGGUGGGAUCACACCAAAGGUGGACAUCGUUGACGAACCGCAAAUCCCGUCAGCACCCGGUGCCAAGACUGCGUUGACAGAGAACGCCAUCACAUCCGAGACUGGCAAAGAAGUCAAGACAGCAGCGCGAUCGCCCCCCGCGGCAGAGGCUCCGGAACUCAAUGGCGUCGGCGCUGCCUAUCUCGACACCGACGAGCAGACGAUGCGGGAAAAGACGUCUCUUGAAGAUGUCUUUGAAUCAACGACAGUGGCAGCAUCAGCAACGAUGACGACAGGUGCUAAGGAAUGA